CUCAAUACGAUAGAGCGCACGCGCAACCUCGAGAAAGAAACAAUGGCGACUUUACGGGAAGGUGAAAACAAAGUCGCUUUUCGUCGUAUUUCUGACACAGAUAAUGAAGAAAUGUCGGAAAAUACAAGAGAUGGAAGUCGGAAGAUCCUUCCAUGGGAUGGAUUUUCAGAAUGGUUUCAUUGUUUUUGUGUUGUGACGUUUGAUCUUGAACUCGGACAAGCUCUUGAGUUUAUCUACCCAUCACACAUCAAGCUUACAGAAAAAGAGAAAAUGAAUAUAUGCUACCUGUCUUUUCCAGAUUCAAAUUCAGGGUGUAUGGGAGACACUCAAUUCAGCUUCAGGAUAAGACGGUGCCCAGACAAGAGAAACCUCAUAAAUAGUAAAGAGAGUACAGAGUACCACAAGAAUUGCCUUCCUACAUUACAGAUUGAUGCUGCUCAUUUAUACGGGUUUGUCUACUUUCGACAGGUGAAGGACAAAACUUCAAGAAGAGGCUACUUUCAAAAGUCUUUAGUACUAGUGAGUCAGUUGCCCUUCACAUCAUUAUUCACCCAGUUAGCUAGCCUGGUAGCCCCAGAGUAUUUUGACAAUGGGGAACCAUCAAUAGAAGCAGCAUGCCAUGACAUAGACCAGUGGCCAUCGCCUUGCCCAGGGAAGACCCUUCACUUACCCAUCAUGGGCUGUGUCCUUCAGGUCCGCAUCCCGUCAAGGCAAGACAAGCCCAGUGCUGCAGCCGGUGCCAGGGGACAUGUCGAGCUGAUGGGAUCGCCUCUUACUGUCGUGCCUUCCAUCAGUGAGCCUGAGAUGUUUAGAUGCCUUCAUCCAGUUAUACCUCACAUGCAGCUCCUAUGGGAGCUUGUCCUUACUGGAGAGACAUUAGUUGUGAUGGCACCAGGGCCUGGUAUGUGUGCUGAUACUGUCCAUGCUCUGGUCAGUAUGAUCUCACCUCUAAGGUUCAUGUCCGACUUCAGACCCUACUUCACCAUCCAUGACAGCGAGUUCAAGGAGUAUACCACAAGAACCCAAGCACCGCCUUCAGUGAUUCUUGGAGUGACAAACCCAUUCUUUGCCAAGACGUUACAGCAUUGGCCCCAUAUAGUACGGAUAGGAGAACCCUCGUAUGGAGACAAGAAUUCCAAAGCUCUGAAACCAAAGAAGCCAGGGAGUAUCAAAACACUAGAGUCCAAACCAGGUGUCUACACACAGUACAAACCAUUCCUGAACAAAGACAAGAACAUUAUCAAGAGGUUAUCAAAGGGCAUGCAGACCAGGAGACCUACGGAAGUCCAGGACGCUAUGCUUAGGAGGCAUCUCCUGGAGCUGACUCAGAGCUUCAUGAUCCCACUGGAAAGAUACGUUGCUAGUCUCAUGCCUCUACAAAGGAAUAUCUCUCCCUGGAAGCAUCCCCCAAGGUUGAAGCCAUUUGAUGCUGAUGAAUUCAUUAAGACAUUGGAGCACUCUGGACCCCAACUCACCUCAGGACUCAAGGGAGACUGGGUAGGACUCUACAAGAAAUUCUUCAGAUCAAAGAACUUUGAGGGUUGGUUUCAGCAGCGUCAGGAGGAGGUGAACUGUAAGCUAUCAGCUCUUCACCUAGAGGCUCUGUGUGAGGCCAACAUCGCGGAGUGGGCCAAAGACAAGCAAGAGGUGGAGGUCGUCGAUCUUCUGCUGAAGCUUCGAGAGAAGAUGGAAAGUGUCCGGAACAACAGGAUCUUGGUGAAACCGGAGCUGAUCAAGCAGCUAGGAAUGCAUAUGGAUGCUAUCGUCAUGAACUUACCUGAAGACUUACAGAGUGUCCUCCAGAGUCACUGAUAGUGAAUGCAUAAAAAAACACUUACCAAAAACAAAAAUGAUUCAUGUAAAGCUAAUUGAAAGAGUAUGUACGUGUCUUGGUACAUAGUUAGUCCAGCAGCUGGAAAAUCACAAAAUUCACCUCCCAAGAUUACCUGAAGCCUUACAGAGUCCUACACAGCCACUGAUAGUAGAUGCAUCCAAAACAUUUACCACAAAUUAAAAGAUUGACAUGCAGCUUGAUAUAGAAACCGUGUCUUGGUAAGACGGGAGUUGAUCAAGCAGCUAGGAGCGCUAUCAUCAUGAGCUUACCUGAAGAUUUGAAGAGUCUUCCUCUAGACCCACUGACUGUAGAUGCAUCAAGAACAAUCACCACAAUCUAGAUAAUUCAUAUCAAGCUUGAAGAGGGAACCGGUCAAACCUGAGCUGACCAAGCAGCUUUGAGCACAUGUGGAUGCCACCUACCAUGAUGAGCUCAACUGAAGAUUACCAGAAUGUCCUUAAAGAGAAGGUUGAGUUCUGGGAAGAGGAGAAAAAUAAUUUGUGAGCGUUAUUAUUGUUAUUAUGCAAGUGUGGAAGAAAAUCAGAUAAAACAUGUUCCCUGAAAAGCAUGGCUCUUCAAAUGCCUUCAUAUUCUAAAUAUGGUAUGUAACAUUGUAAAAAUCGGGAUGGAUUUUUACGCAACGUGUUCGUGUAGUCCCAUAUAAAUCUUUCUGUGUAGAGUGUUUGUAACUUUACCAAGACUUGGCCAAAUUUCUUAUAAUUUUGAUGAUUCCAAAACCUUGCAAUGCACACAA